AUGACACACAAUGGUGAGAGACCCUAUCACAGUGAUACGUGUGAUAAAUCUUUCGGAGACAAAGCCCAGUUACAAAGACACAUGAAAUCACACAAUGGUGGAAAACCUUAUAAAUGUGAUGAAUGUGUCAGAACGUUUAUGGAAAGUUAUUAUUUACACAUGAGAACACAUACUGUUGAAACUCCAUACGCAUGUGAAAUAUGUGACAGAAAGUUUCCAUACCAUAGUAGUUUACAGAGACACGUUAGAAUUACACACAAUAGUGAGAGAUCCUAUUGCUGUGGCGUUUGUGAUAAAUCAUUCGGAGAUAAAGCUCAGUUACAAAGACAUACUAAAAUACAUACUGGUGAAAAACCUUAUAGAUGUAAUGAAUGUGGUAAAACGUUUGCGGAAAAUGGUAAUUUAACAUUACACAUGAGAACACAAACGGGCGAAACUCCAUACGCAUGUGAAAUAUGUAACCGAAAGUGUUCAUACCUUAGUAAUUUACAAAGUUUUCAAUACAGAGUACAUACUGGUGAAAAGCCAUACAUGUGUGACACAUGUGGUAAAGGGUUUGAAAUAUCAAGUCGCUACAGGGAUCACAUACAGAAAAAAUUCCAAUAA